UUGCCUUCCCUUGGCGCACUACACAAAAAGUAUCCAUCUACCCGCCCGCUUACUGGGACUGUGUAACUGCGUUGGAAAGGAUUCCUAUCUCAAACAAUGGCUGCAGUACAUGUAGCAGUGUCAUCCUGGAGGGCUCCCUCCCUCCUCCGUCUUCCUCCCCAAACUGCGCUACCAUCUGCCGCGUUUCGUCAACCCCUUCUCACACUCCGCCGGCCUUCUCCCCUCAAAGCCCGUCCUGUCCAACGGUGUGCGGUCGCCUCUUCUGGCAAAUAUAUAAGGGAGAAUUAUUUAGUGAAGAAGGUGUCUGCCAAAGAGGUCUAUGAUUUGGUACAGGGAAAGAGAAAUGUUCCCUUGGUUAUUGAUUUCUACGCAACGUGGUGCGGUCCAUGUAUUUUGAUGGCACAGGAUCUCGAAAUGCUUGCAGUAGAAUACGAAAAUAACGUGAUGAUUGUCAAAGUUGAUACAGAUGAUGAGUACGAGUUUGCCCGUGAUAUGCAGGUGCGGGGACUGCCAACAUUGUUUUUUGUCAGCCCAGAUCCUUCGAAGGAUGCAAUAAGAACAGAGGGUCUGAUCCCGAUUGAGAUGAUGAGAAAAAUCAUAGAAACUGAGAUGUGAACUUUACAAGAAGACGAUCGACCACAGUUAAUGACAGAUAAUGGGAUGUUAGCUCUACAAGGAGCGCCAGACGUGCAUACUCGGAUCUUCCUCCCACAAGAGCAACGUGAAUCUCACAGUGCUCAACCAGUUGGUUGCUUUGAAUUUUCUUUUGGGUUUACAAUGGCUAAAAUGUAGACUCAACUAGGAAGGAGUCAUUUUUUUUUUGUGGUGAUAAUUUUGUUUUCAUGCUAGCGAGGCUCAUAUCCACAGGCAUCGAUGUCCCAUUUAUAUUCUUCUUCCUACCAAACGUUCUUCUGCUUUGUGGCAACUUUUAGGCUGAUAAAGAUCUCACGUAGAGACAUGAAAAGUGCUCAUGGUGCAUAAAAUUUUGACUGAUAACGAUGGAAUAAAUGCCAAAUUAGAAAUAUGUUAA